AUGCAAACGAAAAAAGUACUCAACAAUAAUCCGUUUCAAUUGUCACAUACUUUAUCAAGUGCACAAUUUAAAAUUUUAUCUGUAUCACAACAGUCGUCAGUGAAAAAGAAAUCAAAUCCUUUGGAUAUUACGACAAAUACCGAUCCAACACUAUUGUUAACUGAUUAUUUGACAAUAUCUAACAUCAAAUUUAAAGAAAUAUUAUUAACAUUCGCAUCAGAAGAUAUUAAUAAAGAUACAUUAACUGAAUUAUUGAAUAAGAAAGACAUAUUCUUAUUUAUUCAUCAACUUACGCAACUCGUCAAUAUAUUAAAUUAUUCCAAAUUACAAAAUGAACAAUGGUCUUACUAUUAUCAUCUCGAUAUGACCGAAGGUAUUAGAAAUGGAUGUGUAUCGAAAAAAAUGACUAUUGAAAAUACAAUAUAA